UAGACGCCAGACGGAGGCACGGAGCAAAGGUUACUUGUUCGAACGAGAAACCCUCUUUUAACUUGAGCAACAGAUACACACAUAUACAUACAGACAUAUAUCUUAUAUAAGCUGAUGUUGAGGUGUAAUUAGCUACUUGUUGUAGUAAGAAUGGCCCAGAAGCCUCAAUUUCUGCUCAAGGAGCUUGGAUCCAAGCUUCAUAAUCUACCCACUUCUAAGGACACUCUCAUCAAGCUCUUAAAGGAAGCCGCAGCCACUCUUUCUGAGAUUGAUCAGUCACCUCCAAAGUCUGUGUUGACAUCCAUGCAACCUUUUCUAGAUGCCAUUGUGAAACCAGAACUGAUAAAGCAUCAAGACCGAGAGGUUAAGCUCCUCGUUGCAACCUGUAUAUGUGAGAUAACCCGGAUCACUGCACCUGAAGCUCCUUACAACGAUGACAUUUUGAAGGAAAUCUUUCAUUUGAUCGUAAGCACCUUUAGUGGAUUAAGUGAUAAGAGUGGUCCAUCAUUCGGAAGAAGAGUUGUUAUCUUGGAGACUCUGGCAAGAUAUAGGUCAUGUGUUGUGAUGCUAGAUCUUGAGUGUGAUGAUCUGGUUAAAGAAAUGUUCAGUACAUUUUUGGCUGUUGCCAGUGAUGGGCAUCCAGAAAGUGUUUUAAGUUCAAUGCAAACUAUUAUGGUGGUUCUUUUGGAGGAGAGCGAGGAAAUUCAAGAGGAUCUCCUCCUUGUUUUAUUGUCUAUUUUAGGCCGGAAUAAAAAUGACGCCACCAAGGCUGGGAGGAGACUUGCUAUGAAUGUUAUAGAGCAAUGUAGUGGAAAACUUGAGCCUGGCAUAAAGCAGUUUCUUAUAUCAUCAAUGUCAGGUGAUAGCAGGUCGUUGGAUUCUCAAAUUGACUACCAUGAAGUCAUGUAUGAUAUUUAUCGGUGUGCUCCUCAAGUAUUAUCAGGAGUUGUUCCAUACCUUACAGGAGAGCUACUGACGGAUAACAUAGACACAAGGCUGAAAGCUGUACAAUUAGUUGGCGAUCUAUUUGCACUCCCAGAAUCUGCUAUCUUUGAAACAUUUCUGCCAAUCUUUUCUGAGUUUCUAAAGAGGUUGACUGACAGAGUUGUGGAGGUUCGGAUGUCUGUCCUUGAAUAUGUUAAGAGAUGCCUACUGUCAAAUCCUUCAAGGGCUGAAGCACCUCAAAUUAUCUCUGCUCUCUUUGACCGGCUUUUGGACUAUGAUGAAAAUGUUCGUAAACAAGUUGUUGCGGUUUUGUGUGAUGUGGCAUGUUGUUCCCUGACUUCUGUUCCGGUUGAAACUGUAAAGCUCGUUGCAGAACGUCUCAGGGAUAAAUCGAUUCUUGUGAAAAAAUAUGCUAUGGAGAGGCUGGCUGAGAUUUACAACAAUUAUUGCCUAAAGUGCUCUGAUGGUUCGUACACAAGUGUUGAUGACUAUGAUUGGAUUCCUGGGAAGAUCCUAAGGUGUUUUUAUGACAAAGAUUUCAGGUCAGAUGCUGUUGAACCUAUCUUAUGCUCAUCCCUGUUUCCCAGUGAAUUUUCUGUCAAAGAUAAGGUUAGACAUUGGGUUAAAGUGUUUACGAAAUUUGACAAAGUUGAGAUAAAGGCUCUUGAAAAAAUUCUGGAGCAGAAGCAAAGGGUACAACAAGAGAUGAUAAAGUAUCUUUCCUUAAGGCAGGUGCAUCAGGACAAUGAUGGUGCAGAGUUCCGGAAAAAGGUUUUGGUUUGCUUCCGCACUAUGUCUCGCUGUUUUAUAGACCCAGGGAAGGCAGAGGAAAACUUUCUAAUACUUGAUCAAUUAAAAGAUGCUAACGUUUGGAAAAUAUUGUCUACUCUACUUGAUCCAAAUACUACAUGUCUACAAGCUUGUCGUUGUCGGGAUGAUGUACUAAGGAUCCUUGGUGAAAAGCAUAGACUUUAUGAGUUUUUGAGUGCUCUCUCAAUGAAAUGUUCAAAUCUGCUCUUUAACAAAGAAUAUGUCAAAGAAAUCCUUCAAGAGGCUGAUAUGCAGAAAUCCACUGGAACUGCCGAGUUUAUUUUGUCUUGCAUGAAUAUACUUGUGAUUCUUGCUUGCUCCAUUCCUUCGGUGCUUAGUGGGAUUGAAGAAGAUGUUGUACAUCUCCUUGAAGAUGAAAAUGAAGUAAUAAAGGAAGGUGUAUUGCAUGUUCUAGCAAAGGCUGGUGGAACCAUUAGAGAUCAACUGCGAAUUUCAUCUAGUUCUCUGGAUCUUAUAUUGGAAAGAAUAUGUUUGGAGGGUAGUCGAAGGCAGGCCAAGUAUGCUGUACAUGCACUAGCUGCAGUGACAAAGGAUGCUGGGCUUAUGUCACUCUCUGUUCUAUACAAGAGGCUAUUGGAUAUGUUAAAGGAAAAGAAAAAUUUACCAGCUGUGCUACAAUCACUAGGAUGUAUAGCUGAAAUAGCAAUGCCUGUCUUUGAAACAAGAGAAAAUGAAAUUGAAACUUUUAUAAAAAAGGAGAUUCUUGAGCAAAGUCAUAUGGGGGAUGACAAAACAAAAGAAAGUUGGGAUGAGAGAAGCGAACUGUGCUCCUUGAAGAUAUAUGCAUGGAAAACCUUAGUUAAGAGCUACUUGCCUAUCAGAGAUGCUAACCUUCGUCUUGGAAUUGAAGACCUGAUGGCAAUGCUUAAAAAUAUGCUUCAUUUUGGGGAGAUUUCGAAGGAUAUUGUAUCAAGUUCAGUUGUCAAGGCCCAUAUGAAGCUUGCUGGAGCAAAGUCUAUUCUUCGAUUGUCUAGACAUUGGGAUCAUAUGAUUCCCGUUGAUCUCUUCUACCUUACCCUGAAGACUUCAGAGGUUGAUUUCCCUCAAGUCAAGAGACUAUUUCUAAGAAAAAUUCAUCAAUACAUAAAGGACCGGCUUUUGGACCCCAAAUAUGCUUGUGCAUUCAUAUUUGAUUUAGAACCUCAGCAACCUGAUUUCGAAGAGGAUAAACAUAACCUAUAUGAUAUCGUUCAGAUGUGUCAGCAAGCAAAAGCACGGCAGUCUGUGCAAUCUGAUGCAGCUUCAUCUGCGGCAUAUCCAGAAUUUAUUCUCCCAUAUAUUGUUCACGCUAUUGCUCACCAUUCUUCAUGUCCUAAUGUUGAUGAAUGUAAAGAUGUUAAAUCAUUUGAGCCAAUAUACAGGCGAUUGUAUGUGUUUCUUUCUAUGCUGGUGAAUGGAGAAGAAGAUGAUAAGUCAGAAGAUGUUAUCAAGGAGAAGGAGAAUAUUUCAACGAUAGUUUCAAUACUUGAAACUAUAAAGCUUUCGGAAGAUUCUGUAGAUACAACCAAGUCAAAGAACUCUUAUGGAAUCUGUGACCUCGGUCUGUCAAUCAUCAAGCGCUUGGCUAAAAAACAGGAGAACCAGCAAGUCUUGCGCAUGUCUGCAUCCCUGCCUCCUAUCUUGUACAAAGAACAUGAUACCAAAGAAGCUGAACCUCAGGUCAACGAAGGGAGAACAUGGUUAGCUGAUGAUGUUGUGGUAUCCCACUUUGAGUCUCUCAGUUUAGAAGCUAAUGCAACUGUUCAUGCGGGAAUUGCUGCAGAUGAGGACAUAAAAGACAGUGAUACUGAUGGAAAUGAGGUUCCUUUGGGGAAAAUGAUAAAACGUCUAAGAGCCAAGAGUAUGAAGGCAAGAAAAAUGAUGAAGGAUGAGCGUUCACCACCCAAAUCGAAAACAAAAAAUGAUAUUGAUAUCUUGAAAAUGGUGAGGGAAAUGGAUUUGGACAAUGCAGGAAAAUUGGAUAAGUAUGAACCAAGUAGUCAUGAAUAUGCUCGCCACAGAUCUGAUGAUCGUAAGCGCAAAAAGAUCAAGAGAAAGACAAGUGAAUCUGAAAAUGCUCCUAUACUGAAACGCCAAAGGUCAUCAUCUGCCCAAGCUCAUAAUGUACCAUCUGUUUCUAGAGCUGCUACUAAACGAGUAGCCAGUACUUUAGCAGACAGUUUAUCUCAGGAAAGGAAGCCCACAUCAGAAUCCAUGGAAAUGGAUGACAGACUAAAGAAUGAUUCUGAAGAAAAAAGUUCUCAGGAAAAUACUAAUGAAGCCGCCGAGUCAGACUUUUUGGCACCUAGUCUUCGGAAAAAAACAGGCUCCUUAUCAAAAUCUAAAGGUAGAGGCUCUGCUAAUGAUCGUAACGGGGUUCACAAAGCUGAAGAAAAUUCUGACCAUGACCUGGAAAAGCCUGAAAAACAUAGGGAUGCAGAUGGUAUAUAUACUGGUACCGAUAGCAAAUCAGGAUCUGUCAAGAAGCGCAAACGGAAAAGCGUUGUGGGGUUGGCAAAGUGCACUUCAAAGGAAGCACGACAUUCUACCGCUGACUUGAUUGAUUGCAAGAUCAAAAUUUGGUGGCCAAUGGAUAAGCAGUUUUAUGAAGGUGUGGUGAAGUCAUAUGACCAAAAUAAAAACAAACACGUGAUCAAAUAUGAUGAUGGUGACGUUGAAGUGCUCUGUUUAGACAAGGAACGCUGGGAGCUAGUUGAAAAAGGUCGAAAGACAACAAAGAAAGUAAAAGUUUCAAAGAAUCGAUCAGCUAAAGGACUAUCUAGUGAGAAGAAAAAGAAGUCUUCAGGUAAUUCAAAGGAAAGCAAACAGCCAGCCAAGAUAUCUCUGUCAUCAAAAGUAAGAGGGAAACGAACUCCAAGGAAAAAUUUGAGGCAUGGUCAAAAGAGGGUGUCAGAAACUAUUUCUGCUGAAUUUGGCGAGGAUAGCUGCCACAGUCCUGGCGGAUUAGAUUUUGAACCUGUGACGACAUUGAAAGCUGAAGAGACUGAUACAGAAGAGGAGCAAAUUGAUAGGAUGGAAGAAAAAUUAGGCACCGAGGAGGAUCCUGUUACUCAUGGAUUUACAAUUUCCAGUGAACAUCAGACGGAUGCUGGAAGUGACUCCAGUGAUGCAGAAAAGCCGAAGGAAGACGAUGAUUUCAGAAGAAAAAUUAAGCAUGCAGCAGGUACCUCUCAUACUUUAAGUGGAUCCGAAGAACAUGGGUCUGAUGCAGAAGGGACACAAGAAGCAGUUGUAUCAGGUAAAGGCUUCAGGGUGGUUACCAGCGAAAUGCAGAAUUCAGAUCAAGAAAUUGAUGUAGAUGAUGCUCAUAGUUCUCCAGUGGGUGCAGAUGAAUUUAAACCUUCAUCUACCAAUGACUCUGAGGCAGAAAUAUCCGACGACGAGCCUCUUGGGGCUUGGAAGCGUAGGGUGGUGAAAUCAGCAGCAGGCAAAAGUCAAUGAUAAGAGCAUACUGGUAUUUUGACGAAAUAAAGAGGACAGCAUCAGAAUGACAUGUAUUGAAGCACCGUGUAUUAAGAUUACUAUACUACCAGAUAAGCUGCCGAAGAAGGGGAUGAAGCCCCAUGUAGUAUUAGUAGGUAGGUUAAAAGUAGGGUUUACCAAAGUUGUGAGGUAGUUAAUGUCAAAACAAUGUCAGUCGAUGGUAUGUUUUGAAGGGUAUUUUGCUAGUGGAUACUUGCGCUCUUGUCUUCUAUCGAGACCACCUAGACUUGCUUGUUACGUAUGACUCUGUACAGCUAUAGUUGAUAUAUGCUGUAGUGCUAGUUGUGAGGCUUACUAGGCUAGUUUAUUCAUACUGUAUAAACUUCUAUCUGAUUAAAGAGACUUUCAACUUUGUUCUA